UUUUUUUUUUUUUAUAAAAAAAUUAUAUAUAUAUAUACACUUUAUAUACAAUUUUUAUUAUGAAAAAAAACUUUGGCAAAUUUAAACAGUGGACUGGUGAAAGAUUAGGUGCAGUCAAAGCUACUUCACAAACUGAUGAUUUUCAACAAUUAGAAGCUGAAACUGAGAAUAAACGUACAGGAUUUGAAAAAGUAUAUGAAGCAACUGAUCAAUUUUAUACUCAAUUAUCGAAAAAGAAACCAUCUCCUGAAGAUCAAAAAAUCAAAUGUACUCCAUUAGAAAGUCUUGCAAGUUGUUGGAUGCAUCAUGGUACUGCUUUUUCUGAAGAUGUUGCUCUUGGUGUUGCAUUAAUCAAUCUUGGUCAAACAGAGGCUCGUAUUGCUUUACUUCAGGAAGAUUUUGCCAAUAUGAUCAAAGAUGGAUAUAUGGAUGUAUUAGAACAAGGAUUACAAACUUAUAAGGAUUAUCAUGCUCUAAAGAAAAAAUUGGAAUCAAGAAGAUUGGAUUAUGAUGCGAAAUUAUCUCGUUUACAAAAAUCAAAGAAGGAAAAACCUGAAUGGGAGCAAGAAAUGCAGGCCGCUAAAAUGAAAUAUGAAGAAACAGAAUAUGAUAUCAUUCAAAAGAUGUUGACUCUACAAUCAUAUGAGGAUGAUCAUUGGAAUGCAUUGUAUCAAGUUAUGGAAGCUCAAUUAUCAUAUCAUCAACAAGCGAUGGAUAUGCUCAACGAACUACGUACACAUAUGCCAACCCCUAUCAAUAGUCAAUCUACCCGACCUACAAUGACUCCUAUCAGUCGAUCAUCCACUACAAGUUCAGCCAUAUCUUCUUUGACAUCAACAAGUGCUUUAACACCAACAAAUGGACAUGGAAACACAGAUGAUUAUUUUGGAACUUCUACUUUGAAAUCUACUCAACGUUUCUCUGGAAGUCGUCAACCCAGUCUUGAUAAUCUUCAUAGACCUCGUCGUGCACCAAGUCAUUCAUCCGUUACAAGUUACUCCAAUGAUGAUCAAUCUCAACAACAACAGCUAUCAACUUCGCCUUGUCGAUUACCACCUCCAAUGAUGCCUAGAAGGAAAUCAAGUGCAGGGAUCAAGAAACUUCGAAAAGCGAUCUAUGAUUUUCAAGGUGAAUCUUCGGAUGAAUUAUCCUUCCGUAUUGGUGAUAUCAUUACCGUAGUUGAACCCGUAGAUGAAGGUUGGUGGAUGGGUGAAAUGGAUGAUCUUGGAUCUAAAAGACGAGGUAUUUUCCCUGUUAAUUAUACCGAAGAUAUGAUGCAAACUACGACAUCUCCACCUACUAUGCCUAUUCGACCGAUGAUGACGACUCAUAUACAAGAAGAACCUCAAGAUGAAGAUUUAUCACAACAAGUCACCGAUCAAUCACCAUUUAGCGAUAAUUCGUCUUCCAAUACCACAGGAUUUUCUUAUAUUCGACCCAAUCCUAUUUCACGAUCCAGUUCAACUUCUAUAUCAUCCAUUGCUUCUUCUGGUACAGUAACUCCUUCUUUGGCAAGAUCAUCCACCGUGAUAACCAAUCAAUCAAAACUAGCAUUAUCCAACCGAACGCCCCCUCCACCUCCUCCAGCACUUUCUCGAUCCAAUACACCAUCUGUCAAAAGUAUAUCAUCAUCAACAAGAACCCCUCCACCGCCUCCUCCAUCAAGGAACUUGGGUACAUCAUCUGGUCCCACAACAAUGCAAGUAGCAAAUUGUCAAGAUUGUGGAUGCGAUGAUUUUAGUGCCAAUUUGUUCAAGAAAGGUCAUUGUAACAAUUGUUUCCACAAGCACAUUGUAUGUUGAUUAGAUUCUUUUUUUUUUUUUUUUAAAAUUUUAUUCAUAUC